CAUUGUCAUACAGUCUCAAAUUUUCAAUACCUAUCUACAUAAAAAUGUAGUUCUUCUUAUCUAGUUUUUAUCGAAGUACCUAUUUGUUGUUCAUUAUUCAAGAUCAAGAAGUUUUUUUUACCUACAAAAUAGUUACAUAAAUAGGUACUAAACAAAAAUUGCCUAGAAAUUUGAAAAUGAGCAUUAAUUAUAUUCCCCGCGUGACACAGUUAGAUGCAGUGCACCUUGAUAAUCAGGUGGAAGAGCUAUUUAAACAACAAAUUUUUCAAGCGGCAAAAUUUUUAGAGCCAGGGUUCCUCCAAGCAAUACUCCCAGAACUGGAACUCUUGAUCAGGACAUGGAUUUUCAGAUACUCAUUUUAUAAUAAAAAGAGUACAUUUGGGCAAGAAAUGUUAUCACUGAAAUAUAAGACAGAUAAUAUAACUUCAAGCAAACUUUAUUGGUAUUUUGGGUACAGAAUUGGCUUGAAAUAUAUUAAAGAUCGAGCUCUGUAUAGUUUUACAUCAAAUAUAAGAGUUCAAAAUGUUAUUCACAAGAUAGAAACAUUUCAGUUAAUUGGGGACAUUCUGAAUUUCCUUAGAUUUAUACAGAGUGGAAAGUACCCUUUGCUAAUUGAUUUUAUUCUUGGUUUGGAGCUUACAGCGGAUAAGUUGACAAGAGAAGACUUAACUGAUUUUUCCUGGACGAGGGAACUUUUGUGGCAUAAUUUCAUUGAAUUAAUUGGUACAGCCAUUUCAUUGAUGAAUAUGUUUGGGCUUAGAAAUAAACUUACAACAGUACUAAAGUAUGUUUGGUGGAGGAAGCACGCAAAGUCUUCAACAAUACCUGGCGAGGCAGUCAUGACUCACAAUACAGUUUGUGGUUGUUGUUCUAAUAAACCCGUCCUGCCGUACACUAUGGGAUGUUCACAUAUUUUCUGCUACUACUGUUUGGUGGCAAACAAGACUGUAGACCAGGAUUUUGCAUGUCCAAAGUGUUACUAUAAUGGAAAGGAAAUAAGUAAAUUUGUCAUGGUGUAGGGGGAAGGUAAUUUAUAUAGAUAUUAUUAUUUUUAAUUUGAAUACAUAAUGUAAGUUAUCAUUAAAUGUAUUGCAAUGGAUAUUGGUGCUGUGAUAAUUAUAAGAAAUAAAAUUGUCAUUUAUAUGUUUUA